AGGUUGGCAUGAGUCUUCAAGCCGCUACCUACCUACCUGGUAAUUUAGCGCCCUUUAUCGAUAACUAACCGACCUCUGCCCCUGGUCUACUGCCCCACAGCUGCCUUCCGGUUCCCCAACAUCCUCCCACCAUCCGAUCACCAUAGCCAGUGCAUCACAUCAGUCGGAGGGGGCAUCCCUCCCAGCAUAGGUAACCGACAUCAUGUCGCGCGUGAUGCAGAUGCCGCCCCCGCCCCCGCUCCUUCUCACGAAGCGGGUCACGGCCUUUUUGCGCGCGAACCUCUCGGCGCACAUCCACUCCGCCAUGCUGACCACGCCAGCCGGCAGCCUACUCGCCCACGCCAGCGAUCUGCCAGCGAGCGCGCUUCGUCGCCAGGCCGCAGUUGCCGCCUCUCUGUGGGCGCUUCAAGGCCCGGCACCCGGCGCGCCACAUACCCCAGGCCCAGCGCAAGCGACACUUCCGACCGGCAGCACCGUCCGAACGAGCAAGAAAAGCGGCAAGCAGCACUCGCCGACGGUGACGAUACAAAUGGACAGCGGCGCCGUCUUCGUGAUUCGCCGCCUGCGCUGCGGGAUGCUGUUCAUCUGCAUGGGCGGCUCCGAGAGCGCCGCCGCGGGACGGCAGACCCCGACUCCUCCGGCUCCGCACAGCACCCGUCUAAGCCGGAGCCCCGCGCCGACAGCACCUCCAACGCCGGGGCCAUCGUCAGAGCAGCCGCCAGACAUGUCAGCCCCAACUGGCCAAUCCAAUCCACCACAACCACCGACAGCAACACGAACUCAUCCGCCCUUUAUAGCAGCAGCGGACGCACCACCACCACCAUCAUCGACAAUAGCAACAACAACACCACCCCCCACAGCCGCAACAACCUCAGCCUCGAAGACCACAUCAUCCCUGCCCGUACCCCCCGGCGCUCCCGUCGGCUCGCCCUCCGGAGCAUCAGUCUUCUCCGCGCACACCACCCACACCACCCACACAACAGGAAGCUCCGCCGCUAUCACGGUCUCGGGGAGCAGUGUGUCGCUAAUGCGACGGCAGGUGGAGGAGCUUGCGCGGUGGUUAGACGAUCGAUUGGGGUCGUUGUGCGUGCCGGAGGAAGGGAUCGGCAUCCCUCCGAAUCCGGACUUGGGCGGUAGUACUACGGGGCCACGGGGGGCCGCGAGUACCGAGGUGGAAGUACAGUAAUUGGGAAGGGUUUGGGGCUGGCUUAUCAAUGCUCCACGGUGGAUAUAACUACUAGUGCGUACCUGGCAUGUCAUAGAAGGAGCGAAUCCCCUAGCGAAAAUUGAGAUGCCGAACUCUGACCUGGCGGGGACAAACGUCGGGCAGUGAUUAU